AUGAUGUUCCUGGAUGGUUGCUUCCUGCUGCAGUAUAUGCACGGCCUGGUGCAGUAUAAUGAUGGUUCUAUCAAUGCAGAAUUCGCAUUGUUCGCGAACCGGGCGGUCCUAUCCACGGGGCCUUGCAUGUUGAGGGACAUCUUUAUGCUGGAGAACCAGCUCCCGUGGUUGGUGCUUGAGGCUCUCAUGACCUUUACCCAUGUUCCUGUGUGUCAGUUCGUUGCCUCCAUGGCGUUCAUCUUUGACGCUGGCUCCACUCUAACAAGGUUUCCCGAGGAUGAACUCAGGAGGUACAGGCCACCACAUCUCCUCGGGUUCCUCCGGUAUUAUCUCAUAGGCAACAUGCCUCCCACAUAUCCUAACUAUGAAUUUGUCAAACACUUAGCGCUAGCAAGCAGUGCAAUCGAGCUCGCGGAAAUCGGAGUCCAGCUAACGGCCAGUAAUAAGAGAUGGUUCGACAUGAGCAUCCGGAAAGGAUACCUCGCUGGUGAGCUCUCCCUGACACAAUUGUUCCUGAACGACUACACUGCUAGUUGGCUCGUCAACAUGGCAGCGCUCGAAGCGUGCACGUCCACCGGCUGGCCGUCCGAUGGCUACACCAUCAGCUCCUAUAUAUCACUCCUGGCGAUGCUCAUGGACAAGGAGGAGGACGUGCACGAGCUGCGAGCUAAGCACCUCGUGCGUAGCUUCUUCAGCAACCAAGAGAUGCUAGACUUGUUCAAGGGCCUCGCUUGCCACUUGCGCCUCGGCGGCCGCUACUUCGACAUCCUGAAGAAGAUUGAUGAUUACAAGCGUGGCAGGCCUGUGCGGAUCGUCGUGCAUAAGUUCUUGUACAAGUACUUCAAGAACAUCGUUGCUGUGCUCUCUAUCGCCGGGGUGCUGGUCGGAGUCUUCAAAACCAUCCUGAGUCUCAAGCAAUAUUAA